AUGGUAGCUGCUGGGACAUUGAUAUGGAUUUCUGUUCGACCUCUCAUUCGACUAGUCCUCUGUGUCUCCAGUGGAUUUGCAGUCACAAAAGCAGACUUGUUCCCUGUGGUUGCUGCUCGCAGCGUGGGGCAAAUCAUUUUGAACAUUACCCUCCCUAGUCUCAUGUUUUCUAAGAUGGUCCCGGCUUUCACACCGGACAAUGUAAGCGCCUUAGGCCCUCUCGUCCUAGUGGCUCUCAUAUACGAAGCGUUAGGUAUGCUCAUGGCAUGGAUAACAGGGAAGCUGUUUUGGGUUCCGCAUCGCUUCAGGUAUGGUAUCUUGGUAGCCGGAGGAUGGGCAAACGUUGGUGACAUUCCAACGUCGGUUAUUAUGAGCAUCACUGGCGCAGCGCCCUUCGGUGGAUCUGACCAAACGCUUUCAGUUGCUUAUAUCUCAGCCUUCAUUCUGGUGUACAUGAUCACACUGUUUCCUAUGGGAGGUCAUUAUUUGGUCGCAAAGGACUUCGUGGGACCCGACGUUGAACCUGACGAAGUGCGAGAACAAGUACGUGAACGACGCAAGUUCAUUUUACGCGGAUGGCCGAAAGCUUUUCUGAAUUACAUCCGACUUCGCCGCAUUCGACGAAGUCAUUCAUUUGAGGAGGAUUCAGAUCCAGAGUUUCAGUCCCCAACGAUUGAACUCAAGAAGGAAACCCCGUCUUCUUCCGUUCGGCCUCGCCCCCACAAGCAUGUUUCCUUCCGAAAUGACCACGAAGACCAUUAUUAUGAUGUCACGCACGACCAGGACUUGGACGCAACUACCGCGGUGCCCACAGAUGGAAUGGCUACGCCAGCAAUGAGUUACUUUGCCUCACCUGCUGGAACUGUUACUGCACAUGAUUUGGAAUCCGAAAUACGGGAAACUAAUAUAAUGGAAAAUACUUCAAAGGAGGUGGAAAAGAAAGUACUAACAGUCCGAAAGGAUCGACAAAAACGUAUCGUAUCUCAGCUCAAAACGGUCAUGAAAUCGACUUUGACCCCAGCCUCUCUAUCAAUGAUCGUCUCAAUCCCCAUCGCUCUCGUCCCGUCACUCAAAGGACUUUUCAUGGCAACGACAAAUUCGCAUAUACCUAAUGCACCGGACGGAGAGCCUCCGCUCGCAUUUGUAUUGGACUUUGCCAAUUUCAUGGGUGCUGCCUCCGUCCCAAUAGGAUUAAUUUGUCUGGGCUCUGCAUUAGCCAGACUAAAGAUCCCUUGGGGUGAAUGGUCAAGUUUACCUGUAGGGGCUAUCUUUACUUUGGCAAUUCUCAAAACCGUGGUAUCACCGGUGAUUGGGGUGUUAAUAACCAUAGGUUUGACGAGUGCAGGAGUAAUUUCCAAAGAGGAUAAGGUGCUGCAGUUUGUUUGCAUGUUCUUCUCGUGCCUUCCAACAGCAACUACACAGGUAUAUCUCACGCAAGUCUACAGUGGGACGGGAUCUGCGGAAUUCAUGUCUCCGUUUUUGCUGCCUCAAUAUUUCCUCAUGUUCUUCUCAAUGACAGGCCUUACAGCUUACUCGAUCACGUAUUUGUUCUAA